AGGUAAUGUUUCGAAAUACUGAUAACGUAUUCGUAAUUGAUAAUUCUACUUUGCGUAAGAAUUCAAUCAGACACAACCUGUCACUGCACAACAGAUUCAUGAGGGUGCAGAACGAAGGAACGGGGAAGUCUUCCUGGUGGAUGAUCAAUCCGGACGCGAAGCCGGGAAAAUCGGUACGACGAAGAGCGGCGUCCAUGGAAACUAGUAAAUUCGAGAAGAAAAGAGGGAGAGCAAAGAAAAAAGUCGAAAUGAUAAGAAACGGAUGUUUACCAGAUACGACGCCCAGCCCCAGUUCCUCAGUGUCUGAGAGUUUAGACUUGUUUCCGGAUUCGCCUUUGCACAGUGGUGGUUUCCAAUUGAGCCCAGAUUUCAGACCAAGAGCAUCUUCGAACACGUCCUCGUGUGGUAGACUAUCCCCUAUACCGUCGGUGGUAGGUGUCGAACCAGACUGGCCUCCGCACAAUCAGUUUAACAGCCAAAACUAUAGUCCAUCGGAUAUAGUUUCAAGCGGUAACUAUUCUCCUGACCAGCUGGCUGGCAACCUGCAGCAAGGGAUGAAGCUAGAACCAGAUACAUAUUUGGGGUACAUGAAUGGGCAACCAACACAGCCACCACCUCCACCUUACACGGGGCCCUACGAACAAUUUCCCGGCUGCCGAGAUCUUAACGCCUUACAUGCCACAUCGCCAUAUGGACUAACACAGUGCCCGAUUCAUCGUAUCCAGUCGUGUUCUUGCAUGCAACCAAUUAAAGUAGAGAGUAUGUCGCCGGCAGGAAUGUCUCCUUCGUACCCCCACUCCGAGCCAUCUCCGGAUCCCCUAAACUCUCAAUACCUGAUCAACCGCAUGCAACGGCCCCCUUCGAGUAGCCCCCCGCUGACUCCGCAACCCGCCCAACAGCAACAGAACAUCCCGUCGACGAUGAUGGGACAGAUGAUGGCGGCGCUCAAUAACAGCGCCAUCCUGGACGACCUCAACAUCAACGUGGAAUCGCUGCAGGGCGGCUUCGAUUGCAACGUGGAGGAGCUGAUCAAUCACGAACUGAACAUGGAGGGUAGCCUGGACUUCAAUUUUCCCAGCCAGCAGCAGGGGAUCCCGCCCACGACGGUAACGGGGCAGUGCGAACACCAUCCUGUUAUGACGAAUACCCAACCUAGUGCUCCACCUACAUAUUCAACUACCGUUACGACGACGCCUUCGUGGGUGCAUUAACGAAGAAAUUUCAGGAAGUGAAAUUCUGCAACCAUGGAAUCAAGUCAAAAGUAGAUUGAUUCUACGCCGCUGGUCUAUCUGUUGUGCAACCGUUGACAGUGUAAUCUUGUUAUAAAUGAUCUCGUGUUAUGCUCAUUAAUAAUUGUUUGUACAGAAAUGAAUAUGCUUUUUAUGUGUUUUAAUAUUACGAGAAUAAACAAAACUUAGUACUUCGAUUUGGUAAUUCAUUGAAAAAAUUACUUUUGAUGUGAAUUAACGAAUUCCAAUAGCGCACUUGCGAAUUUCGAAACACGCUGUGUAUAUUUGGAGAUAUUUCUGUACAGAAAUUGCAAAUGAUGUUAACGUCAAUUGUCAAAUAUUAAUUGUCAAUAAUGUCAAAUGUCAUUAAUGUCGAAUAUCGUAAGCAAAGUAAGUUUUUUGAUUAGUUACCAAAUCUUCACGUUAGUUUCUCAUUUCUGGUGCCAUUAUAACCUUACAGUUUUAAGUUCAUAGAUGCCAAUUGUUAGAAGGUUAAGUUAAAUAUCUUAAAGCGGUACGGGUUGGCAGCUCAAGAUUCCCUGAAAAAAAAAUAUAUUAAAGAAGAAUUUGAAAGAAAAAUGUUGUUCGGUUACUAGUAAAUUUUUUUAAAUUUGUAAUAUGUAAGGCCAGAUUGAAUAUAUACAUAGUGUAAAAUAAGAGUAAUUAUAACAAUUUUGAAGCAGCAUCUCGGAAGAUUUGUCAAAAAUACCGUCGACCUUAUCGGAGUUCAAAUAUUUAUUUGUUUUUAAUUGUAAGCACAUGUAGCACAACUAGUCUUGUUUGUUUUUACUAUGAAGAUUUUUUAAGAGUUGUAUAUAGGGAUACUUUUACAUAUUUUUACUAUUAAACGUAGAAUUAUUAGCAAUUUCAAUAAUUGCUCGAACAUUCUGAGUCAGAAUUUUGAUUAAAAUUUGAUCGGUAACGUGGACAGCACUUUGAGCAUUAAAAAAUUUCAAUUUAGAAUGCUCAACAAAUAUAACUUAUUUUAAUAUAUUAAUGCUGUUAGAAGAGCUUAUAAAUAUUUUAUUAGAAUGCUCUAAAACUGAGAAAUUUCUACUAAAACAUCAAAAAAGUUGUUGCUUUAAUACUAUUGGUUGGAUGACUUUACCCUUUAGAAUGCUCCUUGCUUCAUUCCAUUACACAUUGUUAAUUCAUAAAUAUUCUUGAGAAAUUGGGUUAAGCGCCACAGUUUUUUUUUGUGUGAGAAUAAAGGGCUCGUGUUUGAUCUGACAGCGUCAGAUUUUUACUGACUAAAAACCAUCUUGUUUUAUCUGGUAGACACUGGGAUCACCUGUUAGGUAUUCAUCAGUACCUGCCACGGUCGUUCUUUUCUCUUCAUUUCUCUUUUCAUCUAUCUGCAAGAUUCUAUUGGUUAUUAACUACCUGUGGAUCUUCUAUUUUUAUUUCAUGGUAUUCUUUAUAUAGUUAUGGAUCAACACUCACUUUUAUUCAGCUUCCAUCGUUUCUCUUAUAUUAUUGUCCUUGUCCAGGUUUAAGUUUAAUAUAUUUGCUAACUGCAUUGUUUAUAUUAUCCAUCUUGGACAUGACAGUCUUGUGUGCUCAGAAGAGUUCUCGUUUUGACAGUAUUUACACUCUGGUGUGUCCGUAAGUUUCAUUUUUCUCGUAUACGUUUAAAAUCGGCCAUGUUCUAAUAGGAAUUUUGUUCUCUAAUAUUUACAUUUGUUCCACUCUUUGACAUCCCUAAUUAGUUGCUUCGUCCAAGCUGUCGUAUAUCCAUGUUGCAUCCACAUGUCCUGCCAUUUUUCAAGAGUAUACUUCCUUUCCUCUGCACCAUUUCUAGAUAUCUAUCCUUCCGUCUGAGAGUUUGUAGUCUGAAAUGACACCUAUGUACUUAACUUGUUUGCUAUGUCUUAUUUCGCUAUUCAUAAUUCUUCUGUUUACCGCUAUUCUUCUCCUAUGUCCUCUCAGUAUGACGCUUGUUUUUUUUUUGGCGCCAUCUCUAACCCCUACUUCACCAUCCAACUUACAAUAUGAUCCAAUGAUUUGUUUGCAUUAAGCUUUAGUUCUUCCACGUCAUUUGCUUCUACUACUUCUUCUACUCAGCUUUAUUCUUAGAACAUCAUCGUACAGUAGGUUCCAUAGGACCAAGCCUAGAUCUCGAUCCUUGAUAUACCCCAAUGGAUGUUCAAAGAGUGUGUUUUCCUACCUUUAUAUUUCUGUAACCAAGGUAUUUAUCUAUUAUGUUUACCAAAUAACGAGAUAUGUUCCUUUCCUCUGGUUUAUCUUUGAUGUCUAUGGUAAUCAGAACAACCCUUCUCUUAUUACUUUCUUUCCCUUUGUUUACAACCCUGUUUAUCGCUUGUGUUGUCGAUCUGCCUUUCCUAAAACCUUACUGCGCAUCUGCGAAUCCAUUAUUGGUUUCAAUCUCUUGUUCCAGUCUAUUCUUCAGCAUCUUUCAUAUAGUUUUCCGAAAGUGUUUAUCAAGCAUAUUGGUCUAUAUGAAGAAGCAAUUUGCUUUAUUUUUUCUUCAAUAUCAACGCCUAGCGACUCUUUCCAAAUACCUGGGAAGUGUUGCUGUUCUAUAAGCCUAUUUAAGGUGUCCAGCAUUGCCUUAGGCAUGACUUUUUCUAUUAUUUUUAUCGCCUGUGGUGGUAUUUUUUCAGGUCCAUUGUUUUUAUAUUUCUAUAGUUUCAACUGCUUUGCAUAAGUGCUUCUAUUGUAAAAGGUGAUAUUUGGUUCUUGAUAUCUCUGUCAAUCUAGGUCUUCUUUGAUCAGUGGAGGGAAAUAGUUCUCUAAGUGCCACAGGAGAAUCUGAAAAUCCAGUCCACUGGGCCAAACUGUUAAUAUUGCCAUAUAUAACUGUAGACAGCGGCCCAAAAUGCCCAAUGAGAUGCGACACGCGCAUUAUACCUCACGGCGCUUAAAGUGUUAAAUAUAUUUCUGGAAAUAUCAAAUUUUAGAAUGUUUUAGUAGUAGACAGAUAGAAAGGUACCUAUUUAAAAACAUUAAAAUUACAUAUUUGAUCGCUUUCUGUAAAAAGGAAAUCAGAUUUGGUGCGUUACCUUGAUCGAAUUUUAUAAAAGUGAAUGUAUAAAUAUUAUUGAAGUUGUUAAUAACGAAAAUAGAGUUAUAUUUUUUUAAUUUAAGCUAGAAAUAUAUAUUUGAACUCCAAUAUAAUUAAUUAAUAUAUAUUUUUUUGUAAAUAGUCUAGUGAUAGUUUUAGGUGCUUUGCGUACCUUUUGUUGAAUUAUUUUUGAUUUUUAUAAAUAUUAUAUUAUACAUAAUAAUCAUUUUUUUCAUUCUCGUCACUUGGUACUGGUCAUAUAAUUGUUUGCCCAGUGUUUUUGGGCGCCCUUUUUUCAUCGUAAAUUUUAGAAUAUUUUUUUACUGUAAUAUUUGUAAAGUGUUUGAUGUAUUGUUAGAUAUGUAGGCGGCUACUGGUAUCUGACUGCUUUUUAGUUUAAUUAAAUUAAUUCUUAUGGUAGAUGGCAGUAGGCGUCGAUAUUUGCUGAUCCAGAGGACGAAAUUAAACUGACAAAUUGACGCCACAAACGAAACCAAAAUUCACUUUUAAACAAAUUUUUGAGUGAAGUAUUUCGAGCAAAAAUAUUUCGUCAAUAACUUUGUGAGCGGUAAAAUAUUUCGUCAAUAUCUUUGUUAGCGGAAAAUAACUUUGUGAGCGGAAAAUAUACUUUUUGUGAGCUUAUAAGUAAAAACUAAUAUUCUGAGCAGUAAAUUAUUUUAGUUAAUAACUUGAAGUGUUAAAUAUUUUCUGCUAUAAUCUAUCAAUAUAUGAAUACAAAUUUGUCAGGUUAAUGAUGGUGAUAAUUUAAUAACCAAACUUAUGAACAACAAUUUCUAAUUACUUAUAUAAUCUAUCAAUAUAUGAAUACAAAUUUGUCAGGAUAAUGAUGGUGAUAAUUUAAUAACCAAACUUAUGAACAACAAUUUCUAAUUACUUAGUUUUCUAAAAGGACUUUCCGCUCAUUAAGUUUAAAAAUGAAUUUCCGCUUAAAAAGUAAUUAAAAAAAUUGAUUUUACAGAAUGUAAACUAUGGCUAAAAAACGACUGAAAAACUAAAUUCAUCGAUAUUUUUUGCGUAUUUUCGUAAUUUUUACUAUUUGGUUUUCUCCCUGGUAAUAAGGAUUAAAUUAUCUAUUUAAGUUACUUACUUCUAAUAAAUACGUACCUAUUGAUGUGUAAAAAGAAAGGCAAUGUAGAACAAUGUUUCAUUGUUAAAAGGUGGCCGGUUUUUCAUUAUUUUUGUUUUCCCAAAUCAUAACAACAUUAAUCUAUAUAGAGUACCUACUUUUUUUGUCUGGCAUGAGGUUAAAAUGUAAAGGGGGAUAUAUUGACAACAGUGCCUCAGUUAUCUCGCUGCAGCGUGUGACUAAAAAGUUAGAAACUUCAAUGAACACGAGAAGCGAGAGAAUAGUAAAAACUGAGCACCGUUACUGAUUAUUUGUUUAUCCGAAUACAUUUACAGGAAAAAAUAAUUUAAUAUUUUUAUUGGUAAAUAUAAGCAUAUUAUACUGCAGUGCCAAACUAUUUACACCACAUACUUAUCUGUACCAGAUUCUAAUUCAAAGACAACUGUUACUGAAGCUGUAGGUCCUUCGUUUCAUGUUUUGAAACCCGAAGUCAUGUUCCUAUUUAACAUCUAAAAGAGAAACGACAAAAUCAGAUGAUUCUUUUUUAAUUGCACAUUGUUACUUUAAUCGAUUUAAUGUCAGAUUUUUUUUAAAUAUCUAUCCUGGGAUUUUAUAGACAUCCUCUUCUUAUUUCUUCAUGUCUACCAGGUUAUAAUACUUUUUGUGGUAUCCUCAUUUUCCUUAGGUACAGCUGACUCAAAUUAUCUGCCUUGAUUCUUCUUCUAACUCUUGUCACUUUCUUAUUUGCAGAUUGUAUAGUUAACAGUGACUACCGUAGUUGCCAUUUCAUUACUAGAACUAUGAUAACACUUCCAUUGACUGCUCUAGCUCUUCAACUUUGUCUUACUAUUCUAGGUAUUUUAUGUUCUUUGUCGAAAGACUGAAAGUCUUUUAGCAUACCAAAUUUCAGUAUUUCUUCUGUUUUUAUUUUUAUUUUAAUGCUAUCAAUAUUUUUAAAGAGUUAGUAUCUCCUAUAUAUCAUAAACGGGCAUUUCUUUGGAAGAUUGUUGAGAAUUCAUGUAUAUCUUUUGUUUUUGUGGAGAGUAAAUCCUCGUGGACCCCUGGUGCUUGGUUCAAUCGCGCCUGGGAGUGUAAAACUCCGGCUUUUAUAGUGCAGUGCCAGCCUAUCCAUCAAAACCCUUCCUCUUCAACCUCAGCAUCCCGGCGUUGUCUUUUUGAGACAUUCUUUCUUCGGAAUGCUAAAAGGUCAUCUACCGUUGAGAAUUCUGUAGACUCUUUGUCUUUUGGAUGCCCGCAGGUAGAUCAUAUCGAACCUGUGAUGACUUGAAUUGCUUUUAAUGAAUUAAUUCGUUAGGUGCUGGCGACUCUCAACGCGAUCUUCCGUUGGACCUUUUCCGCUAUGUUUGCUACAUUUAUUCCUUGUCCCCAUAUGGGGGUAAUCCAUACAGUAAUAAGGAGUGUACCACUCUGUUCAGCAGCUUCCGUUUCCUACUUUGAGGGCCUCUAAUAUUUCUCAGUAUCCUGAAGAAAGAUGCCGCUCUUGCCUCUGCUUUGUUUGCGGCCAUUUUGAUUUGUUUGCCGAAGCUGCCUGUAUCGUCUAGGACAAACCACAGGUACUUUUCCUCUUUUUGAGGCUUCAAUUGAAAUACUUUUAAAAAGAAUCGCGGCUUUCCCUGUCUGAUUUUGUUCAGGGACCUUUAAGGAUUAUAACCUCUGUCUUUUCUAGGGCUAGCUCUAGCUCGUGGCUCUUUAACCAGCUGGUGAUGCGCUUCAGCGCUAGUUUCGCCACAUUUUCCAGCUGCUAUAAACUCAUUUCAUAUGAUCCUUCUUCUCUCUAAUUAUCAAUUCUUCAGCUCUUUUUUGGACUUCUUGUAACUGUUCCUUACCUGUAGCCGUACAUGCUCAGUGUAUUCUUUAAUACUUUUUUGUAUGGUCCUUAGCAUCGUAAUUUUCUUUCGCUUGGUUCAGUGUUGCUGUUCCACCAAAAUGGCUGGCUGGAUCUCUGUCUGAUUACGUUGUCCUUUAAUAAAACUUAUGCAGUCCUCCGGAGUUCUAAUAGCUGCUGUCAUUCUUAAUUCCAUGGAGGUUCUAAUACCUCCCAAUCCACUGUUUUCACUAAACGAACCCUCACUGGUGUGACUUUUUCCUAAAUGUCAAAACAGAUAUACUGAUGAUCGCUUACGCUUUCAGCUUCCAGUAUUUUCCAGUUUUUUAUUUUUCCGCCUAUCGUUAUCGUUGAUAUCGUUACGUUGAUGAAUGUCUUCUGGCUUCCACUAAGGAAAGUGGGUUUUUGGCUCGUGCCAUUCCUUCUGUAAUGUAGUCGCCUCUCUCGUCACUGGUUGGUGAUCCCCACUUGGAUACUUGCCAUUUAGGUCAUUUGUAUCAUACAUAUUUUGUCUCUCCAGGAGGUUGCGCCCAUGGCUUAAGGUGUUUUCCUUUAGAACAAACACAAGAGCUUGUGGAAAGGUCAUGAAGGAGUUAAUAAAAGAGGUAUUUCUAUGGUGUAAACUGUUUGGUAUAUGGAAAGAAAAAGAAAAGUUGUGAUUUAUAUAAUUUAUUUAUACAACAAAAGAAAUGUUAUGAUUUCGGAAAAUGAUCAUCUUAUGGGCGAAUUCUGGACAAAAAUUUUGUUUUUCUUUUUGUUUAGAUUGUAAAUUUUUAUUUAUACUAGAUUAAAUUUUAGACAAUACGACGUGUUGAAAAUGUAGUCAAUUAUAAUUUUUAUAUGCGCUAUAAGUCAAUUUGUAAAAUUAUACCAUAUUUUGUGGGUUAUCAGAAAUAUUGUAUUUAGGAAACAAAUAUAAUGUGUUCUUAGUUUUUUGGGUUAAGAUGUGGUAUACAAUUUUCUUCUAUAAUGUGUCUUAAGAUUCUAAUAUCUAUUCAAUAAGGAAUAUUCUUCGUACAAUAUAUUAUUUGUGCGUUGGAUACUUGUUUUUUAAUUUUUAUAUCAACUGAAAAUAAAGACUAGAUAAAGCAACAUCAAAAUAAAAUUUCCAAGAAUUGAUCUUCAGUCAAACUUAUUCAAAUUCCUCUAUAUAUUUUUCUUAUUUGAUAUCAGUAAAUCUUCAAUAAUAAUAUUUUAUUGUUUUAUUAUUGUUUUAAAAGGUUUACUUUCUUCAAGUUCUUCUUGUAACAUUUCCAGUUUCUUGAUUACAUUCUUCUCAGAUCUGAUUGGUUCGCACACUGUUAUACGCUUUCUCUAAAUCAAUUAGUUCCGAAAAUGUACUGGAAAGAAUAUAUAAGUAUGCUUAUCAUUUUCAGAGGACUAUAAUUAAUUGUGGUGUCAGUAUAGAUGACUGUUUAGUCAAAUUUAUCUUCUAUUUUUUGACUUGUUCAUAUUAUUUUCCAGCAUUUCUGUAGUUUGAGUCUUUUAUUAUCAACUAUUAUAUCUGUUAUUGUCUUAUUAACCAUCUAUUUAGUAUUAUCUCUUCUUUUCGGUUCAUUUGCUUGCCUUUUGAGCAUUUUGUUUGUUUGUGGAAUUUUCGUCUUGGAUAAUAUGAGAUACCUAAUAGAAUGACUUGAAUUUCAAUCUACCGAAUAAAGAUAAAAUGUUUAGACGCAUUAUAAAAGGAAGUUGAGGGAAUUUAAUUCAUCUGCAAAGAAACGUUCAUACUUUUGUGAUAAUCCAUUAUUUAACGACCUAAUUAAGUACGGUUGUUGUUUGUUUGAAAUAAUAAAAAACGUGGACGUACUGUGCAUAUCUAUUGUUUAAUUUUUUUCACAAAAAAAAAACCACGGUACUUACUAAUCUAAUUACAAACGCACCGCAAAGCAACGAGUGUAUUUUAAAGUGAUACCCCGCUAAAACA